CCUUUCUCCUCCACUCUACUCCGUACUAGUUACUGUGUCCCCUCGAACUUCGGACUCUUCCCACUUCCCACAUCCGAUUCCUCAAUUUGUCUAUGCACCUCGUGGCACCUCUACUGCUAUCCUCGAACCUGUUCAUCCGUCGGUUCGUUCGGUACCAGCUUGUUGCUGUCGUUUAUUUGACGACUCUCCGCGGCUAAACAGACACUUCAUCCUGUUAGCCCCAUACUCCGGAGAGAACGUCCAGAACCUCUGACCCUGGUCCUUCUUCUCAGUCUUAUCCUCGUCCUCUUGUCUCCGCAGAACGCACUUCCACCUCUCCCACAUUCCUGACUUUGACGUCUUUGCGGGACAUUUCCUAUCACCACCUACCACACUACAAGCAUGGUCUUGCGCCAGUGUACUGUAUGUGGCCGCCGCUUCACCAAAACAGAACACUUCAAACGCCAUGAACGGUCGCAUACUCGAGAACGUCCUUAUCCAUGCACGAUAUGUGACAAGGCUUUCUCGCGCAGUGAUGUCUUGUUUCGGCAUAUGAAGUGUCAUGCUCAGAAAAAUGACAAGACGGCCACCACCAAAUCCACGUCGAGUCGCAGAAAUACCAUCUCUGAAGGCGUGGCCCCCCAGCCUACUCAGAAUGAAUUUAACAUUAACUCCCCGUCGGCCCUGGCCAACGGGUCUCAUACUGGCAUUCCUCUGAUGCAAAUUCUCUCACCACCUCAUUAUCUUCCACCUCCGGGCAACGAUUCUACUCAAUCUGCCAGACAUUCCUUGGAUCUUUCUACCCCAUUCCUCGAUUCGAACACCCAACCAAACAACCUCAAUCUGCACUUGUCCGGCGCGAAUUGGACCAUUUCAUCUCCCGUGAACACCAUGAACAUGCCAUCCCAGCCUGCCCUACCUCAAAAGCAAUCACCUUCACAGAACAGUGGUAACGCUUCAAUUUUCGAGACAUCAGUCACUACUCCUCCCAAUCCCGCUCAGACUCCGAGGUCAGAGAUGGCGCCCAAUCAAUUCGCCGAUAGUCAUGUCGAAUGGCUGCCUCCAACGGAUCCAAGCCAAAACAAUUUUCACGACCCUUUCCAGAUGUGGUUAUUCCCGUCGCUUGGCGACCUAGAUCAGUCGCCAGAUUUCCUCCAGACGUAUGGUCUCGUCGACCCUUCCCAACAGUUUACAGAUCCCAAGGACUUGACCAACGGUAGAGCGUACGACAGCGUAGACCGCCGAAAGACCAUCGAUAAAGUGCCCAGGGAAAGGUUCUCGAGAGUGGAGCGCUGUUGGGGUCCUCGUCCUGGUCGUGUGCACCGAAUCAUGCCCGUUCUAUGGAAAGAAGUGGCCGCAUUGCACCUAGACAACCUGUUUUCCGAAUCACCAACCGCCGCCGAUGAUUUCAGAACGACGUCCAAUUGGGGUCUCGACGUCGAUUGCAGAGUUCGUCUACGAGAUGCAUUCCGCACACCUGCACCGUCGGUCUACCAUUCACCCAAACUACAACCUGUUGUGGAUCCGGCCCUUCAACAAGGCAACGAAGAAUUUCCUCCUGCCGAGAUUCUCGAUAUCGCAUUAGGUCUCUUCUUCCGACGCUUCCAUCCCACUGUACCAUUUAUUCAUAUGGCAACGUUCUCCGUCCGAACCACACCUUCACCUAUGCUCUUCGCUAUGUGCCUGAUUGGCUUGAGUAUACUGGGGACCACCGGAGCCACCAAAUUUGUGGCCAAGAUGUUUCCAAGUUUCCUGCAACGCGUCUGUAAUGAUUUAUCUGCCUGUGCGGCCACCUCCGCUCCACCGACUCAACAGCUUGUUGUUUUCGCAACGGCAUUACUUACCCUUAAUCUUUCAGUCGUCACUGGCGACAGAGAUUCUUUCAACCAGAGUCAGAUGCUGUAUGUCAGCCUGAUUUCGAUGGUCCAACAGAAUGGGUUAUUUGCCGCAGGUGACGGCCAAUCUCUGGAUGUCUUGCUCUCCGAGAUGUCCGAAUCCGAUGACCGUUGGAAGGCUUGGAGUCGAAUCGAGUCGGCGAAACGUCUGAUUCUUGGACUGUUGCUCGUCGACUCGUGGUAUUCCAACCUGCUCUCGAAGGCUCCCAUUGUCAGAUCGGAAUCUGUCUGCGUCGUUGCGCCAUGCGACGAGGCCCUUUUCCAGGCGAAGUCCGCAACUCAAUGGCAGUCGCUCCUUCGCAGUGGUAAGAGCCAGAGCGCUCCCCGGUUCAAACUCGAAGACUUGCACAAGCACGAUAUGCAGCCGAUGGGCCAGCUCGGCUAUUUGGGCAGAUCUAGCCUGUUGGCGUUGCUGCAGAUCCAGAUCCUCGAGGCGUACCAAAGGCUGAUGCCUUCAGAUCAAUUGACGAUAGGGUCAUUCAUUCCCUGGCAUGUAUACUCGGGCGACACUCGGGCGAGCACUUUGGUACCUGCGUUGCUGGCAGCAACACAUACUGCCGGUCCGCUAUCAAAUGCCGACGACACGAAUUGUACGGUGCUAUGGCACAGCCUCUGCGUCAUGCUUUUGUCCGAUUUCCGCAUGUUCGAACUGGCAGCCGGCAGGCACGGAGCAGCCCCUGCAACAGGCGCUCUGGAGAGUAUUGGCCAGUGGUCACAGACGCAAGCCGCCCGCCGAGCGUGUGUCCAUGCCGCGCAGAAUUUCAAGUUGAUGUCUGAACGCCGCGUCUCGGACAAUGUCACCAUUCACUCCGUCACCGCGCUCUUCGCAUCGGCGCUUGUUCUGGGCUUGUACUUGUUCAUGGUCCAGCCCGGCUCGUCGAGGCAAGGGACAGCCCCUGUCGAACUUAUCGAGUCAGAACCCGAUUGGACGGAAUUGCACGAUAUGGGUUUCAGAGACGCAUCACUCGAUCAACAAGCCGAACGGAACCUCACGACGAAUCGCGAGGACGAGCACUUUUCCUUGAUUUAUCAGUUCAUCAAGCAGGGCGGCACGGUGAGCUUGAAUGGUGUGGCGCAUCAAGGCGGGUACGAGAGCGCGAGAAGGGUGUUGUUGGAUUUUGCGAAUCUGAUGGACGGCAUAUCUGGCCGGAGGCUCAGGACGUUCACGCAAGUCUUGCAUAUCAUGAGCGAUGAUUUGAUGAAUGUGGAUCCUGGGCUGUAGAUACUCCUGGAACUGAUAACAAGCUGAAAUGGAAGCAUCGAAGAGUGUCCAUACGUGAAGUGAUCGGCCUUCGACGGUCAGCCCGUCUUGUUCCU